AUGGCGGAGGAGGAGAGUCGGUGUGAAGAAUUUGAGCAAAUAGACUUUUUACGGGACCGACAUGUCCGGUUCUUCCAGAGGACCCUGCAGGUGUUACCGGAGAGAUACGCCUCGCUGGAAACAACCAGGUUAACCAUUAUAUUCUUUGCCCUGUCUGGUCUGGAUGUGCUGGAUGCCCUCGAUGUGAUCGACAGAAAGGUCAUGAUUGAAUGGAUCUACUCUCUACAGGUUUUACCCGCAGAGGAUCAAUCAAACCUCAGUCGUUGUGGGUUUCGAGGAUCAUCACAUAUUGGAAUUCCUUACAGCACUAAGGGUCCAGGUGUCCUCCAUCCAUACGACAGUGGCCAUGUAGCUAUGACCUACACUGGGCUGUGCUCAUUGCUAAUACUGGGAGACGACCUGAGCCGUGUUAACAAACAGGCCUGUCUGGCUGGUCUCAGAGCACUGCAGCUGGAGGACGGCAGUUUCUACGCAGUGCCAGAGGGAAGUGAAAAUGACAUACGCUUUAUCUACUGUGCAGCCAGUAUCUGUUACAUGCUGGAUGACUGGUCAGGCAUGGACAUUCAGAAAGCCAUUGAGUACAUUAGAGGAAGUUUGUCUUACGACAAUGGGUUUGGCCAGGGAGCCGGGAGAGAGUCUCACGGUGGCUGGACAUACUGUGCCAUAGCCACUCUGUGUCUGAUGGGUCGUUUGGAGGAGGCGCUGAGUCAGCGGGAGCUGGACAGGAUCCGGCGCUGGUGCAUCAUGAGGCAGCAGAGCGGCUUCCACGGGCGUCCCAACAAGCCUGUAGACACAUGCUACUCCUUUUGGGUGGGAGCUACGCUAGAGCUGUUAGAUGUGUUCCAGUACACAAACUUUGACAAGAACAGGAGCUUCAUCCUGUCCACGCAGGAUCGGCUUGUGGGAGGAUUCGCCAAAUGGCCGGACAGCCAUCCAGACCCCCUCCAUGCCUACUUAGGGUUGUGUGGCCUGUCUCUGAUUGGAGAGCCCAGCCUGAGGAAGGUCCAUCCAGCUCUUAACAUCACCCAGAGAGCCUUUCAGCACCUCCAGCAGCUGCAGCAGACAUGGAGGGACAGCACAGGCAGCUUCAGCAGACAGAACUGACAGCAGGACGCUCCGCAGCUUCAGUCAGGAACAGCUAAGAGCGACUUAGAAACCAGACCGGGCGGACCGAGGAAAGCAGAGAAGAGAGGAGGAGAAGUGAAUAAAUAAAUAAUUUGAUCCAUCUAUUAUUGAGAGUAAACCGUCGGAGGCUGGAAUCUCCUCUAUGAACCCCCAAACAAAGCUCCAGUGUAAAAUAGCCCCCAGUUUUGUGCAGAAACAGAUGUGUUUUUACCCAGUUGCAUCUUGUAUCAGUGUUUUAUUUUAAGUUUGGCUUUUUGCUGAGACAAUAGGCUUUGCUGCAGUUACUUGUGGGGAUUUAGCCAACUUCUCUGCAGCUUUAAUUCUUUACAGACAUUUUAUUUACCACAAAAUGACCCGUUACCCCUUGGUGUAGGUAGGAUGUCUUUCAGUGCUGCUGCCGAUCUGAGCCUCUGACACACAAGUUCAACAAGAUUUGCUGUUUAAUUAUUCAUGGUUUAAUAUUCUGUUGUUUUUUUUUUUAUACUUUGUUAUGAGAUAAAAUCUGUCGAGUGGUGCUGAAUGAACAAAUGCACUGAAAAACAGCGGCUGCUUCUGCUUCAGCCACUGUGGAGCCAGAUCUAUUGAAAUUAAGUGAGCAUGUCUCUCAUGCAUCUUCUGAAGUGACUUUUACAAAGUGUACAAUCUCCUUCUGCGGAGUUCUGUCCUCGGCCAAAUCACGCUGCACGACCACUGAUUCUAAAAUGUGCCUCAUGUAUCAUUGUGUUGGGUCUCUGCUCUCUGAAUGCCCUCUAACUUCUGAUUUCUGGCCAUGUGCAUCUCAAACAUACGUAAAUUGAGCAUAACUAGGUUGCUUUUAUCAAGAUAAGUCCUGAAAAUACAUAUUCUCUUUAGGUUAGGGGGAGGGAGACUGUAAACCUUCAGGAAGUGGAACGCCUGCUCUGUAAAGUGCCACCUUCACUUACCCAGACAGAUGUACUGAAAGCUGACUGGUAGAAGUUGUUUUUACCAGAAUCUCACUCUAUCUCUCACAUGUCUGAUCGAUAAUGUGUUUCCAGAAGGCGGAAAGAAUUCAUUGUGGCAGAACCCAUAAAUGCUGAGUCCAUUUUAAAAAGGAUAAAAGAUUGGAUGGACGGAUCUGCCACUUACCGCAGAGGAAGGCUGCAUCUCAGCAGUUGUUGCAUUACGUCUUUUUUAGCUGUGUCAUGCUGCAGUCGAUGCUCACGGCCCCACAGCAUGAAAACAUGUGGACUGACGCUUCACGCUUUACAUGAGGCUGCAGUGCAGCUGUCCAGAGAGGAUGGUUUGAGUCUUUUGAGAUGCAGCUAAAACGCCACAUGCGGCCGAACAUUGUUCCUUCACCAACUAAUAUACAUAAUGUAAGAAGAAAUGAUGUAAGAAGAAAUGUAACGAAGUUUAUUUUUUCUAUGCUUUGUAGAAAUCUUCAGUGUAGAUAAGCGUGUAAAUGUAUAAAUAUGUGUCUUUUAUUGUGCAAGUGCUCAAGGUGAAAAAGAAAAUGUUUACAGUGAAAUCAGUGAGGUGGUUUUUGGAAUUGGAUAUGCAAACGUUUGUAUGUGAUGAAUGAAAGUUCUUCAGCUUUGAAUUUGAGGAGGGUAAUGUUGAUUCUAGCUUGGCAGUGUAUAAUGUAUUUAUGGUGAAUAAAAACACAGACUAACUUUUA